CGCCGGUUCCGUCUCUCUGAGGCGCCCUGCAGAGCCCCAGGGUUUUGCAGCUUUCCCGGCCCGCUGUGCAGCGUCGGCCCUGCAGACAUGUCGGGGUUCAGUCCGGAACUUAUCGACUACUUGGAAGGGAAAAUUUCCUUUGAAGAGUUCGAGAAGCGGAGAGAAGAGAGAAAAACCCGGGAAAAGAAAAGUGUUCAGGAAAAAGGAAAAUCAUCACCCAAAGAAAACCUAGAUGAUUCCGAAGUUCCCUCAUCGUCAGGAAUUGACUCUGCCAAAUCUCAGGACAAAGACGCCAAUGAAGGAGAAACAUCAGAUGGGGUGAGUAAGUCAGUUCACAAAGUUUUUGCUUCCAUGCUUGGAGAGACUGAAGAUGAUGAAGAGGAGGAAGAAGAAGAAGAGGAGGAGGAGGAAACAUCAGAGCAACCCACUGCAGGCGAUGUAUUUGUGUUGGAGAUGGUUCUCAACCGUGAAACCAAGAAAAUGAUGAAAGAGAAGAGGCCUCGGAGUAAACUCCCCAGAGCCCUGAGAGGUCUCAUGGGUGAAGCCAAUAUCCGCUUUGCUCGAGGAGAGCAUGAAGAGGCCAUAUUGAUGUGCAUGGAAAUCAUAAGACAAGCUCCUUUGGCUUAUGAGCCAUUCUCUACACUUGCCAUGAUAUACGAGGAUCAAGGUGACAUGGAGAAAUCGUUGCAGUUUGAGUUGAUUGCUGCACACUUAAACCCCAGUGACACAGAAGAAUGGGUUAGGCUGGCAGAAAUGUCUUUGGAACAAGAUAACAUUAAGCAGGCUAUUUUUUGCUAUACAAAAGCUCUUAAAUAUGAACCUACUAAUGUCCGUUACCUGUGGGAGAGAUCAAGCCUUUACGAACAGAUGGGUGAUCAUAAAAUGGCCAUGGAUGGCUAUAGGCGUAUUUUAAAUCUUUUGUCUCCAUCUGAUGGAGAACGUUUUAUGCAGUUGGCUAGAGAUAUGGCAAAGAGUUACUAUGAAGCCAAUGACAGCACUUCAGCUAUAAACAUAAUUGAAGAAGCUUUCUCAAAACAUCAAGGUUUAGUCUCCAUGGAAGAUGUUAACAUAGCAGCUGAAUUAUAUAUUUCCAAUAAGCAGUAUGACAAAGCUUUGGAGGUAAUUACAGAUUUUUCUGGAAUUAUCCUAGAAAAGGAAACUUUGGAAGAAGGCACCUCAGAAGAGAAUAAAGCUGCCGAGACUGUUACCUGCUCUAUACCUGACAGCGUGCCCAUAGACAUCACGGUGAAGCUGAUGGUCUGCCUGGUACAUCUCAACAUCCUUGAGCCACUCAAUCCUCUCUUGACAACACUGGUGGAACAGAAUCCUGAAGAUAUGGGUGACCUCUAUCUUGAUGUUGCUGAAGCUUUUCUGGAUGUUGGUGAAUAUAAUUCUGCCCUUCCUCUGCUCAGUGCCCUGGUUUGCUCUGAAAGAUACAACCUUGCAGUGGUUUGGCUUCGGCAUGCAGAGUGUUUAAAGGCCUUGGGCUACAUGGAACGUGCCGCUGAAAGCUACAGUAAAGUGGUUGAUCUGGCUCCACUCCAUUUGGAUGCAAGAAUUUCACUUUCCAUCCUGCAGCAGCAGCUAGGCCGUCCUGAGAAAGCUCUGGAAGCUCUGGAACCCAUGUAUGACCCAGACACCUUAGCCCAAGAUGCAAAUGCUGCACAGCAGGAACUGAAGUUACUGCUCCAUCGUUCUACUCUACUGUUCUCACAAGGCAAAAUGUACGGCUAUCUGGAUACCUUGCUAACCAUGCUCGCCAUGCUUUUAAAGGUUGCAAUGAAUAGAGCCCAAGUUUGUUUGAUAUCCAGUUCCAAAUCUGGAGAAAGACAUCUCUACCUUAUUAAAGUGUCAAGAGAUAAAAUAUCAGACAACAAUGAGCAAGAAACAUCAAAUUAUGAUGCAAAAGCAAUAUUUGCUGUACUCACAAGUGUCUUGCCAAAAGAUGACUGGUGGAACCUUCUCUUAAAGGCCAUAUAUACCUUGAGUGACUUGUCCCGAUUCCAAGAAGCUGAAUUGCUGGUAGAUUCUUCCCUGGAAUAUUAUUCAUUUUAUGACGACAGACAAAAACGGAAAGAACUAGAAUAUUUUGGUCUUUCUGCUGCAAUUUUGGACAAAAAUUUCAGAAAGGCAUAUGACUAUAUCAGGGUAAUGGUAAUGGAAAAUGUCAAUAAGCCCCAGCUGUGGAAUAUUUUCAAUCAAGUUACCAUGCACUCCCAAGAUGUAAGGCACCAUCGCUUCUGUCUACGUCUGAUGCUGAAAAACCCAGAUAAUCAUGCUCUGUGUGUUUUAAAUGGACACAAUGCAUUUGUAUCUGGUAGUUUCAAACAUGCCCUUGGACAGUAUGUCCAAGCCUUCCGUGCCUGUCCCAGUGAGCCUCUCUACAAUCUCUGCAUAGGCCUCACCUUUAUUCAUAUGGCAUCUCAGAAGUAUGUGCUGAAGAGACAUGCUCUGACUGUGCAGGGCUUUUCCUUCCUUAAUCGAUACCUUGGCAUCCGUGGGCCUUGCCAGGAAUCUUUCUACAAUCUGGGCCGAGGCCUUCAUCAGCUGGGGCUGACACACCUUGCGAUCCACUAUUACCAGAAGGCUCUGGCACUCCCUCCGCUUGUGGUAGAGGGUAUAGAAGUUGACCAGUUAGAUUUACGAAGAGAUAUUGCCUACAACAUGUCCCUCAUUUAUCAGAGCAGUGGGAACACUGCAAUGGCUCAAAAGCUUUUGUAUACCUACUGUGUCAUAUAAGCAGUUUAACUUAAAAGACGACGUAGGGACCAGUAUCUCGUACCGAGACCUCAUUGUUCUUGAUGAUAAAAAUGGUACUGCCAUCACUGCUUGCUACCAUUACAGCCACUUUGAAGCAGGGGAUGGAGCCCGGCUGGAGACUGCCUGUAGACUUGCUUCAUAUGUACAAGGCCCCAGAUUCAAGUCUUUGGAAAAUUGAAACACCACUUUUAUCUCUGGAAUAUAUGCAAAGUUAUUAUUCCUAUGAGAAUGUACAUAUUAUUCUUUUUUGUUAGCAUUCUACAAUAAAAUUGUUCCUAAUGCUGAAAUGGAUAA